AUGCAACAUCCUACAAAAGCAAGAAGUUCCCACCAGUCAAGUUCACAUCCGCUUACCAGCGACAUACCAAGCAAGUUUCAGCCAAGCGUGUAUAAGAGCACGGACGGGAAACAUUUCGCUGAACCUGCUGGCAACCGAGAUGACUACUACUGGAUCACCGUACAUUUUCCCCCGGAUAUCGACCACCGUGGCAUUCCAGAUUCAGCGAUCAUGCUAUAUGUCAGGAAUAUGAUUACAAAGGGCCAUUUCACUGUAGACAAUCAGGCAAUGCAUGGUUUCGGAAAAAAGUGUCUCUCGAUCCCUAUCAAGCGCGAUCCGGAGACCCCUCUGCCGAUGUCAUUUAUGCCUGAUCCUACACAUCCCGAUCUUCUUCUCGCUGAAAAUCUUGCGGGGUAUUGGAAGGAUCAGAUUGCGUUCAGGAAGGUUACUCUAGAUCAACGGAUGAUUUUUGGGGAGACUCGUCAUAAGGUGGUUAAAUUGGAAGAUAUGUUGGAUGUAGGAGUUGCGCUGAUGGAUCCCUGGCGUAUUUAG